AUGGGCUCCCAGAUGCGUCAGAAUUAUUCCACCGAGGUGGAGGCCGCCAUCAACCGCCUGGUCAACAUGCUUCUGCGGGCCUCCUACACCUACCUCUCUCUGGGCUUCUAUUUCGACCGUGACAAUGUGGCUCUGGAAGGUGUGGGCCACUUCUUCCACGAGGUGGCUGAGGAGAAGCGCGAGGGCGCCGAGUGUCUCUUGAAGAUGCAAAACCAGCGUGGCGGCCGCGCCCUCUUCCAGGAUGUCCAGAAGCCGUCCCAAGAUGAGUGGGGGAAAACCCUGGACGCCAUGGAAGCUGCCCUGGUUCUGGAGAAGAGCCUGAACCAGGCCCUUUUGGAUCUGCAUGCCCUGGGUUCUGCCCGCGCAGACCCCCAUCUCUGUGACUUCCUAGAGAACCACUUCCUAGAUGAGGAGGUGAAACUCAUCAAGAAGAUGGGCGACCACCCGACUAACCUCCCCAGGCUGGCCGGCCCCCAGGCUGGACUGGGCGAAUAUCUCUUGGAGAGGCUCACUCUCAAGCACGACUAGGAGCCUCUGGAGACCAGCAGCCUUUGAGGGGGCCCCUCUGACAGCCCCCUGCUGCCAGAGCUUGUGCCUCAGCCUCUCGCUGCAGCCACGAGGCAGCUUUUUAACCACCCUGGAGCCCUCUCCCAAGCCGUGGACCAUGGAAACAAUAAAGCUUUUUGCAGCAAAAAAAAAAAAAAAA